AUGCCUUUGAGCCACGCCGACCUACUUAGCAUUUUGUUUUAUCUCAAUUUACCACCACAAAUUUUAAAUGAAUCACGAUGUGAAUGCGAUUUGUCUUGUCCCUUAAAGGUAACUCAACGGAACUAUUCAUCUGACUCUUUAAAAACUUCAUUACCUUCAUUAGGGUGGUGUACGGACACUGCGGCGUUUCUGUACCGCUGUUCUGGCCUUUUAUACUCACCUUCGCACAUCCAAAACGUUUUUGAGCAAUUUUUUUUUCAGGACUGCAAUGGUAAUCUGGAGCGACUUCAUCUAAAGUGGCAGGAACGACUUGCCACUUGGCGCAAGGAAGAAGAGCUAUCGCAGCAGCAGGGUGAGCAUUGCCACAUGAUGCAUAGCAUGGCCUUUGCGAACACGACUUCGUCCUCACAGAAAUACUGUCUGUCUAUCAUGUCGAAUAGCAAUGGAUGUAGCCCUACGCCAUCGAUGGUUCUUUUAAGUGCGUCUAACGCGUCUGUUUAUACUAAGGAUUACAUGACCGAUAAACACUCAGAGAUUGACCGCGGCUGUGAUACUCAGAGAGACGCGACUAUUGCGUUUGUAGAUCCUACUUCACCCAGAAAACGGGAUAGAGCAUCCCAGGAGUUUACUGCAUCGUCAUUUAUAAGUAGCAGCACACGAGUGAUCAGUGGUGUGCGUGCAGAUGCUGUCACUAAGACGUUGGACGAGAUGCCUUCUAUGGCCCCUGGAGUGGUAACGUCUAAACCAAUAUCCAGUGUGGAAGACAAUCGAACCGUUAAGUAUGAAAUAUCCUCACCAAUACAACGCCACAGUUCACGCAGAAUUAUCAAUGUCGGGGGGACUUCUGAUGAAGAAAGAAGCUCUUUGCCUCCUGUUGCUGCAGGAGAGAUGACUGAGAUAAUUCCUCCGCAUCAACGAGUCGAGCAAAAAGAUUCAAGGUUGAACAAUGAAGUUGUGGUGGGCUGUAAUGCCAGUGAUUAUGACGAUGACGAAGACGAAGUAUGGUGCUUUUCUGAUCACACGCCGGAGCAGCGUGCAUUAAUGCAUCGCUUACGAUACAAUACACUCCUUAGCCCUGAAGUCCUAUCGAAUAUUUUGCAGCAAUUCUUUCUUGUGGACGGCGCGGGUGUUUUUUUCCUGCCGGUUCCUGAUCAAACCAUUAUGGAGUAUAAUGAAGUGCGCUCUGGACCUUACUGUGAUGUUAUCUAUGCACCUCAAUCGCUUAUGCAAGUGAAACGCGAGAUACUUGAGAGCCGGAGGCGGUAUUAUCAGCUUAAGCAGCCAUUUGAGUUGAACUCCCUUCGACGGUACAAUUCAGACUUCAAACAUACCAGAGCGAUGGAUCGCGUUUUGAAGGAGAUUGAGCAUGGAGCAACGCAGGACCAGACUCCUUUUAUAAAAGAAAUUACUGGACCGAAAAUUCUAUGGCCCACGCAAUAUAGCCAUAACCGUCAAGAUGAUGAUGAGAUCGCUAAUGAUGGUGGUGAAAUUAGGCACAUACAAAAAGGUAACAUGCAUUCGCAAAUACUCAUGGAUGAGCAGAAAGUUACAAUUGAUAGUUCCGAAAACUCUGACAACGAUUUUAAAUUAUCAGUGUGUAGCCAUGCAGACCAGAUUCUCACAAUCGCGGAGCUUGAGCGAGCAGCAUGGCAGAUAGCUGCAAAUUGCGUAAUGUUCAACGCUCCAGAGUCUUAUUACCCCAAUACUGCACGACACUUCGCAAAAUCAUGCAGCAAGAUAUUAGCUCGGUGGUGCGAGGAACAAAUGCAGCGUUUUUAA